AAAAUAACUCAGUCUCAGGUUUCGUUUUCACUCAUGGUGUCAACAUUCUAUCACGGAGUGUUGCUAAGCAUGUGUGAAAGUUCUCUGACAGUGAUGGAAUGCCUCCCGAUUCACGGUCUGAUUCACGUCCACUAUGCUGCAUAACACUAUAGUGUUCUUGAUGCCAUACUUCUCUUAAUACCGCCUUUUCCGUAACUGUUUUGUAUCAGUUCCUUCAUCAUAACCAUCCGUCACACCACAGUCUCUCAUCUUGUUCCCAGUUUCUCUGAGCAAGUCUCUCGAUACAGAACCUCAACUCAACUCUUCUCUCAGUAUGUCAUGCGAUCCGUCACAAGAAUCCCACUGACCAUCCAGCAUCUCACAACUGAACUGAAACGAAACCAUGAACGCCGACGAAUCCUCCCCACCAUCCACCGCUCCGUCGACCAGCCACGAGAGCACCUCUCCCCAGCUCCGCCCAUCCAGUAGAGCAAGCACCGCAUCAGAAACCUCCAUGGAAUUCAACCUAUACCUCCUCCGAACCGGCGACGAAGAAGACGACAUCCAGAUAUGGGCUGUGCCAGUCCCACCAUAUGCCCACGCAGAACCGCACACCCAGGAAGGGCAGCCAUGGAUGGAAAAUGCCGUUGCAGAAAUGCCGCAAUCUGACACUUUCCCCGUGGAAGCCGAUGACGCUCUUGUUUCUGGUAAGUCGAGGAAGUAUUUUCAUAUUUCCAAUCUUGGAGAUGUGCCCACAGAUACCAAUGCCGCGGAUGAGAAUCCCCGUGUCGUCGUUGCUCAUGACGCCGGGUACGAUGGGGACGAUUCAAGUGGCAUAGAGGAAGAAAAUGUAAAUGAGGGCGAGGAUAACUUGUUCUGGAUUGAUGUUUACUGGGACAUGAGGAAUGGACCGUUGGAGGAGGCGACCGGCCAUAGAGAAUCAUGAGGUUAAAGAAAAUCGGGAGCUCUCAGCCAGCUACCAUCACAGCUUCUGUCCGGACAUGGUAGCUGGCUGAUAGUGAUGGCUUCACGAUGAUGAACCUCUGAUGUCUGGUGUUUUGGUCUUUGGUCACGUCUCUGGGAAGUGGUGGGUGUUAAGAGGAAAAGAAUCUGUUUGGGGGAGUUGUGGGCUUUUAUAGCUGGGUUUCUCGGCGCCGGUCUUGCUUGUGUG